AUGUCGGCUGCUCCUCUCAAUUCGGACCCUGUGGCCACCCCACCUCGCCCUCCGUCCCCCGUCCACAGCUUCGGUACUCUCGCCGUCCACGCCGGCGCUCCACAUGACCCCGCUACCGGCGCCGUGAUUGAGUCCAUCUCUCUGUCGACCACAUUUGCUCAGUCCGCCGUUGGCAAGCCUGUUGGCGAGUAUGAGUACUCCCGAUCCGCCAACCCCAACCGUACCAACUUCGAGACCGCUGUCGCUGCUCUCGAGCACGCCAAGUACGCCCUCGCCUUCUCUUCCGGUUCCGCCACCACCGCCACUAUCCUCCAGAGUCUCGCUGCCGGCAGCCAUGUCAUCUCCGUAUCCGAUGUCUACGGAGGUACCCACCGAUACUUCACUCAGGUCGCAAAGGCCCACGGCGUCAAGGUGACCUUCACACCAGAGAUCGAGGUCGAUAUCAGUGAGCACAUUACUCCCGAUACCCGUCUGAUCUGGAUCGAGAGUCCUAGCAAUCCAACCCUGCGCCUUGUCGAUGUCCGAGCUGUUGUUUCUGAGGCCCACAAGCACGGCGUCCUCGUCGUUGUUGACAACACCUUCCUGUCUCCUUACGUCCAGAAUCCGCUCGAUUUCGGUGCCGACAUCGUUGUCCACAGUGUUACCAAGUACAUCAACGGUCACAGUGAUGUCGUCAUGGGUGUUGCUGCUUUCAACAGCGACGAGCUCAAGAACCGUCUAAGCUUCCUUCAGAACGCCAUUGGCGCGGUGCCCUCAGCAUUUGACUCCUGGCUUGCUCACCGUGGUCUGAAGACUCUGCAUCUGCGAGCUCGUGAGGCCAGCCGCAACGCCGACGCCGUGGCUCGAGCUCUCGAGGCUUCUCCUCUAGUCAUUGCCGUCAACUACCCCGGUCUUGACUCUCACCCUCACCGACAUAUCGCCAAGAAGCAGCAUCGUGAUGGUCUGGGUGGCGGCAUGCUCUCAUUCCGCAUCCAAGGCGGUCACGCUGCCGCUGAGCGUUUCUGCCAGGUGACAAAGAUCUUCACUCUCGCCGAGAGUCUCGGUGGUGUUGAGAGUCUGGUCGAAGUUCCCAGCAGCAUGACUCAUGCUGGUAUCCCUCGAGAUCAGCGUGAGGCUGUCGGUAUUUUCGACGACCUUGUUCGCAUCAGCUGCGGUGUUGAGGACGCCCAGGACCUCACCAAUGACGUUCUCCAAGCCCUCGAGAAGGCUACAUCCGCGGUCAAGACCAACGGUUUCAACGGUAACGGCAAUGGCGUCAACGGCUCCUAG